UCGACUUUUUUUUCAUUCUACGUUCCAGUAGCAGAUUGAAGGAAAAUUAGAGACCAAUGUCUAAUUCAGAAAAAUGGACUAUAAUAUUUGGCGUUUAUUUGACAACUUUCAUAUAUUUAUGUCAAAGUGCAUCGACUACUGUUUUUGGUGACAAAUGCAAUAAAACUAUAGGUUGUGAAAAUCUAAGAGGUUCGCAUUGUUUACAUGACAAAUGUGUUUGUGAGAAAGGCUAUUUCGAGGAAAAUGGAAAAUGUAUUGCGUUUAUUGGAACAGAAUGUAAAAAUAACGACUGUCUUAUAAACUUUUCAAGUUGCAUUGACCAUACUUGUCAAUGCCAUCACACUCAUGUUAAUUUGCAUGACAAACAAUGUUUGGAACGUCUCUCUUAUGGAGAUUCUUGUGAGCAUGACAUACAAUGUACAUGUACAAACAAUGAUAAUUGCAUUCUUAAUGAGACAUAUGUCGAUCUUAUCUGCCAGGACAAGUUUUGUUCCUGUCCCGAAGGUUAUCAUUACGCGCCCAAUAAAAAUGCCUGCAUUAAAAGUGCAAAAGAAUUAAAUGACGCGUGUGAAACCAAUGACAACUGUCUGACUGUUCCAAACUCGCGGUGCAUUGACAAACAAUGCACGUGUCCUGAUAAUAAUUUUGUAAACAACAAUGAAUGUUUGCUUGGAAUCGGCGCUUCUUGUUCUCUGGGCAGUGAAUGCAGCGCUAAUAAUUCAUAUUGUUCGAUAAUCAAUGGCUGCAGUUGUCAAAAGAACUAUGUUGAGCUGUCUGUCAAACAAUGUGUUCCAACAAAAGCACUCUAUGAAUCAUGUGAAAUAAACGAACAAUGUUCCUGUGAGCAUGAAACAAACUGUUACUUAGGUGGGACGAACAAAGAUCUCCUUUGUUUGAACAACAAAUGUGAUUGCCCAGCUGACUAUCAUUAUGAUCCAGAAAGAUAUUCUUGUGUUCCUACUUCAAAAGGUCUAGGUGAUAAUUGUUUAAAUAACGCGGAUUGUUCUCUCAUAAAUACAGAGUGUAUCAAUGGUCAAUGCAGCUGCAAACAAUAUUACUAUAAAGUAGGAGAAUAUUGUUUGCCUGGAAUCGGGGCGCCUUGUUCGGACAACGAAUGUCGUGCAAACAAUUCUAUGUGUGCGACAAAUAGGCAUUGUAUUUGCCACCCAAGACAUAUAUUUGCUUCGAUCGAUCGUUGUAUACCAGUGAGAUCUUAUGGCGAAUUGUGUGAACAAGACGAACAAUGCUCGUGUUUGUUCAACAAAUGUCGGCUGGAUGAGUCAUACAAAGAUAUUGUUUGUUGGGACGGCAAAUGUGGAUGCCCAGCGGACUUUCACUAUGCAUUUAGAAGAACCGCUUGUGUCCACAGCGCGAAAGGUAUUGGUGAUCAGUGUGACAACGAUGACAAUUGUAUGCCACUUCUUAAUACAAAGUGUAUUGAUAAUAAGUGUCAAUGUAUAAAAAAUUAUUUUCCUUAUGGUAGUCAAUGCAAACAAGGGCUCGAUGCAUUUUGUAUCAGCAACAACGAUUGUUCAGCCAUAGAAAACGGUCGUUGCGUUGAUCAUAAGUGUCAAUGCAAAGAAAAUUAUGUUAAAAAAUCAACUGGGCGCUGCGUAGCCGUUUCUUUGUUCGGCAAGCAAUGUGAGUACGACAUACAAUGUCAUGCGCACACCGAAAAUGCAGUGUGUAUAUCAAGCGCAACAGGUGGCGCAGGCAGCAGCGAAGGAAAAAUAUGUCAAUGCAGUGACGGACAACAUCAUCAUGGCAGCGGUUGUCAUGUAACGAAAAAAUUAGGUGACGAAUGUGACCAUGUGAGUCAAUGUUUCGUCACAUCCCACUAUGCUAGUGUUGACUGCCGUAGUCAAUGCACUUGUGCUGAAGGGUUUACGCAAUUAAAUGAGACAUAUUGCGGUGGCGCUGGGAGCGUCGUUGCCUCAUUGUUAUUAAUAACUUUAAUGUUUGUAUUCAAAUUUUUCAUGUAAUUUACAAAUAACAUGUAUAUGUAUAAAUAUAUAUAUAUAUUAUAUCUAUUAUACUGUGUCAGUAUUAACAUUAAGAGGUCGCCAGUCGUAAAUUUUCAUUUUUCCUCUAAAUAACAUGGGAAAGUUUUUUUUUCAUUGGGAACUUUAUAACUCGUCAGCAAAUCAGUGGAUCGAAAAGGUCGAUAAACAUUUUUUGUUGGAAAUUGAACGCUCUACAAAAAAGGUCUCUUAUUAGUUUUCGAUAAAUUUAAUUUUUCAAAAGUUAUUCGAGGUCAAAGUUGAAACUAUUGUAAAUUUUAGUAUUUUGUGACUUUUCUGGCGAAAUUAUCAGACUUAUCAUAAAAUGUUAUAGGACCUUUUUUGUACAUCAUUUUAUUUCCUACAAUUUAUCUCUUACAAAAUUUUCACAAUUCCUGAAUGUUCUUUAGUUAUUUGCAUUUAAAUGUCAAUUUAACAAGAAAUUUUCUGACCGAUUUGAUUUAUUACUUUUAAAUGCAAAUAACUAAAGAACUUUUUGAAAAUUUCGGAAAAUUUGUAAGAGAUAAUUUGUGGGAAAUAAAAUGAUCUACAAAAAAGGUCUUCUAACAUUUUGUGAUAAGUUUGAUAGUUUCGCCGGAAAAGUCACAAAAUACUAAAAUUUACUAUAGUUUCAACUUUGACCUCGAAUAACUUUUGAAAAACCAAAUUUAUCGAAAAAUAAUAAGAGACCUUUUUUGUAGAGCGUUCAAUUUCCAACAAAAAAUGUAAGUCGACCUUUUCGAUCCACUGAUUUGCUGACGAGUUAUAAAAUUCCAAAUGAAAAAAAAAAAAUUUCCAUGUUAUUUAAAUGAGAAAUGAAAAGUUACGAUUAGCGACCUCUUAAUAUUAAUAUUAAGGGCUCAAAUUUUAACAGGACCUU